AUCGAGAUCGACAUUCAUCAACCUCUAAAACCAUAUAUAACAUAAACAUAGAAGAUUCAUAUGUUAUUUAUAUAGAGAUUUUUCUUUCUCUUUCUGGGAAUUGGCUUGUGAAGAUGGAUCGUUAUGAGAUAUUGAAAGAUAUCGGUUCAGGGAACUUUGGUGUUGCGAAGCUGGUUAGGGAUAAAUGGAGUGGCGAGCUUUAUGCUGUCAAGUAUAUUGAAAGAGGACCCAAGAUUGAUGAACAUGUUCAAAGGGAAAUCAUGAACCAUAGGUCUUUGAAGCAUCCGAAUAUAAUCAGAUUCAAAGGGGUGUUACUGACACCAACUCAUCUUGCCAUAGUCAUGGAAUAUGCUGCUGGUGGUGAACUUUUCGAAAGGAUAUGCAAUGCUGGUAGAUUUAGUGAGGACGAGGCAAGGUUUUUCUUUCAACAACUGAUAUCGGGAGUGAGUUAUUGCCAUGCAAUGCAAAUUUGUCAUAGGGAUCUUAAGCUAGAAAACACACUUUUAGAUGGCAGCACUGCACCCAGGCUCAAAAUAUGCGACUUUGGCUACUCUAAGUCAAGUGUGUUGCAUUCCCAGCCCAAAUCCACAGUAGGAACCCCAGCCUACAUUGCACCAGAGGUCUUGUCUAGAAAAGAAUAUGAUGGGAAGAUUGCAGAUGUUUGGUCUUGUGGGGUUACUUUGUAUGUCAUGUUGGUUGGGGCUUAUCCUUUUGAAGAUCCCGAGGAUCCAAAAAAUUUCAGAAAAACAAUUCAGCGGAUUCUGAGUGUCCACUAUUCGAUUCCCGAUUACGUCCGAGUUUCCAAGGAGUGUAAACAUCUACUUUCAGCGAUCUUUGUAGCAGACCCCGAAAAGAGGAUAGCUAUACCAGAAAUCAAGCAGCAUCCCUGGUUUCUAAAGAACUUGCCAAAGGAGUUCAUGGAAGGCGGCGGCAUGGAAGAAAGUGAUGAUGAUGUUCCACAGAGUAUUGAAGAAAUAUUGUGCAUAAUCGAUGAGGCAAGGAAGGGAGGUGAAGGUCCAAAAGGUGGCAAUCGAUUACUUGGUGGUAGCAUGGAUCUCGAUGAUGAUGAUGACCUUGAUGCGGAUGCAGACAUUGAUGAUUUAGAGACGAGUGGUGAUUUUGUGUGUGCAUUAAGUGUUUGAGUUUUGAAGAACAACGAAUGUUAUGUAUGAAAACUUUGAGAGCCAAUAUUCUUUCAUGGAUGAUGAUGAUGUUUCAUUUGCAUUAAGGGAU